UGCUAAUAAUACCACCGCGCUGCGCCUUUAAGAGGAUGACUGAGGAGGAAACUUAAUAUGUGUGCGCAUCCAGCUCAAGUCUUCAUCAAUUAACAGUGAGAGCGACGAUAUCUGACCAGGCUGCUCUCUCAACCGAACUACACUUUGUUUUUUUUUUUACGGUUUUUGUUUAUGCGCCUGUUUGUUUUGUGACACAUUUCCCGGAUUAAAUUACGCAUUGCACCUUUAAGAAGCUGUCAACGGGAUUAGAGUUACGCGCAGUGAGCCAGGUCUCCCUUCCAAAGGGGUUUUACGCACCGCUGAAGGAUCUCCUUCCUCGACAUUUCUCCCUCUGUCCUCCUCUUCUUCUUCGCUGGUUCUGACACCGACAGGGAGCCUCCACGCCACGCACCAUGGCCGAGCCAGGGAAAGGGGUCACCGCCGGGAAACUGGCCAUCAACGUCCAGAAGAGGCUGACCAGAGCGCAGGAGAAGGUGCUGCAGAAGCUCGGGAAGGCCGAUGAGACACGGGACACCGUGUUCGAGGAGAUGGUUGGAAACUUCAACAAGCAGACGAAUGAAGGCACCAAACUGCAGAAAGACCUGAAAGCGUACCUGGCAGCAGUGAAAACGAUGCACGACGCAUCUCGGCGGCUGCAGGACUGCCUGGCCGAGAUGUACGAGCCGGAAUGGUUUGGUAAAGAGGAGAUGGACUCGCUGGCAGAGGACACAGACACGCUGUGGUUGGACUACCACCAGAGCCUCACUGAAAAAUCUAUGGCCACCCUGGACACAUACCUGACCCAGUUUCCUGACAUCAAGGCUCGUAUAGCGAAGCGUGACAGGAAGAUGGUGGACUUCGACAGCGCCCGGCAUCACUUCGCCUCCUUACAGAAAGGAAAGAAGAAGGAUGAGGCCAAGAUCGCCAAGCCAGCAGCUCUGUUGGAGAUGGCGGCUCCCAGCUGGGCUCAGGGUUUGAUAUCAGCCCACCAGGUGGCUCAGACUAACCUCUCCUACAACCAGGCGGAGGAGGAGCUGGGCCGGGCUCAGAGGAUUUUCGAGGAGCUGAACGUUGAGUUACAAGACGAGCUUCCGUCGCUGUUCGAUAAUCGUGUUGGCGUCUAUGUUAACACAUUCCAGAGUCUGGCAAAUCAUCAGGAGAAGUUCCACAGAGAGAUGGGAAAGCUCAGCCAAAACCUGAACGACAUCAUGACCAAACUGGAAGAGCAGCGACAGCUCAAAAAGGACGGUACUGCAGCAGCAAAGACAGGAGAUGGUGCCAAGAGUGAGGAAGCCAACCACAGCGAAUCAGCCAGCUCAGCACCAAAGAGGCCUGGCCCUCCUCCCAGUCGGCCCCCACCCAGACUCACGCCAUCCCCGGACCAGAGAGGGCAGCAUGGCGGCCUGUUGGAGGACGAGGGCUCAGCGCCCGACACUAACACAGAUUACACAUCCACAACAACACAGCAGGGUGCCGUGACCAACGGCUCCGAUGGCGACCUCCCUCCAGGAUUUAUCUACAAGGUAAAAGCGAUACAUGAUUACACCGCCACUGAUGGCGAUGAGCUGGAGCUGAAGAUGGGAGAUGUUGUGCUCGUUUUGGCCUUUGACAACCCCGAUGAACAGGAUGACGGCUGGCUGUUGGGUGUGAAGGAGUCUCACUGGGCUCAGAGCAAAGAUAUUACAGCCAAAGGCGUUUUCCCUGAAAACUUCACUCAGAAGGUUUGAGGUUCCGGCCGCUCAGACGUUUUGUCUUCCCAGAAUGCCUCACAUAUCUCUGACUGGUCAAAUUUGAACAUUAAACCUAAAAAUACCAGUGCAUGAUUGGAAAUGUGCACUGAGGAUUUCACUGGCUUUAAUACCGAAAAGAUUUGAUGCCGUUUCAAACAGUGCCAGUUACACACACUUCAUGUUAAGCUAAUCGAGUGUAAAAGAAGAGACUGCCACCUUGUGGAGAACGGUGAAGUCAUUGUGAUGUUUAGUCAAAUUUUACACCUUAAAUUAAACUUGUUGAUUUGAUUUGUUUUGAUUUCUUAUUCCUGCAUUAUUGUGUUUGUGCUGAACUCAAAUGAAACAUGAAAGGUGGCGGCAAUGUUAAAGAAAAGGAGAAAUAAGUCAUGAUGUACUGUAUGAAUGUGAGACUAUGUUAUGUUUGUGGAUGACUUUCAUGAGAACUUUCAGCUGUUCUUUGCAUGAAUCGUUGUCUUUUUUGUCAUUUACUUUGUAAUACGACAAACAAUACCACACUGGAGGGGGUGACUCUUUACUGUGGAGAACUCCACUCAUAUAAACGGUGUGUGCAGGGUGACGCCUUGUACUAUCAAAGUCUAGCACCGCUUCUCUUCAUGUAGGAUCAUCAGAGGGAACACUAACUUUUUCAUUUUUAUCAUUGGCCAUUUUGAGGAAGGGUGGCUUCAAUUUUCUAAUGCACAUAUGGUUUUAGUUUGAAGUCUUCUUUCACUGAAGGAUGAAAUAUCAAACUAUUUCAGUGUGAGAUUUUCUUUCCUUUUCUCCAAUGUUUCACACAAGAGUAGACAUCCUCGCUUCCUCCGCAGGGGGGGCAUUUCACUCUUUUUAAGAUUAGUUUUUAUCUGCUUCUCUAUGGCGAGAGGAAGAGUCGAUCUCUGCUCUCACUCAGUGCGUUUACAUGCAGUUAGGUCGAGCUACGGUUAAAGCUCGCUCAGGAUUUUCAACUUACUCCAGUGAACAAGAACCAGGGGACUGUAUUGGACUUCAUAGUUUCCCAUCACUAUGGAGGAAUUUUGCACCACUCCUGUUUGCAGAAUUGUUUGAAUUCAGCCACAUUUGAGGGUUUUCCAGCAUGAACGGCAUGUCGUGCUACAGCAUCUCAAUCAGAUUUAAGUCCAGACUUUCACUAGGCCACUCCAAAACCUCGAUUUCAUUUUUUUUUAUCCAUUCGAAGCUGGACUUGCUGGUGAGUUUGGACCCAUGAACCUAGAUCAGGUCGACUUUGCUUACAAGUUAGUGAGCAGCUUCAGGCUGUAUGUUGCUAAAACAUGAUCAAGUGUGUUUAUGCAGAUGACAGUGUGACGUCUGCUAUGGUUAGCUUUGCUGUUGUUCAGCUGGCAGGUCAAAGCUCGGCGUGGAGACUGAGAAGAGUAUGAAUAACGCCUUGUCCAGUCUGAUCCAGCUGAAGUGGAGGCAUGUAGGAGUAAACUGAUCUCAAACUGCAUUUUCUAGGUGGGGUAGGCUUCUAGAAAUUUGAUUUAGAACCAUUUUUCUAACUGCAUGUAAACUUACUGACUGUUUUUCUGCACACCAUGAAUCACUGCUGUAAAAACACUUUGUCUAAAGUGUCCUUUCAGAAGAAAUGUCAAGAAACUGAGGAUGCAAUAUUACAAUAUUUUAUUCAAAACAAUGAACUUGAUGUCCAAAGUUUUCUGCUACAUAACAAACCCAUGCAGACCUUAUUUUUACAAUGUGUGGACUGAAUGAGUGUGGAAUAAGUCAAAGUGAGAACUACUGCACCAUCUGUUGGAUGAAAUCAGUCAUUAAAGAUGAAUGAAACUACA